AUGUUUAACACCUAAAAUAAAAACUAGAUAAAAUAGCUAAAUAACACCAAUAAGUAUAAAAUAAUAAUUAACAAAAAUUAAAAAAAAAUUAAUAAAAAUUAAAAAUUAAAAUUUUUUAAAAAAUAAAAUUAAGAAUUGAAUAAAAGAACAUUUAGUGACUCAAAUAUAAUUAUAAAUUAAAAAGUUUCAAAUAAUUAUUCGCAUCUGUUUAUACAUUUAUUAUAUUCUCCAUUAUAUAGAUUAAAUGAAAGUAUUUAUAUUUAUUUAUUUACUUUAUGCAUAUAUAAAAAAGAACUAUUAAAAAAAUAUUUAUUAUUAACUUUUCGAGGAUUAUAGUACUCAAUAAAAUGCUUAAGAAGUCCUUCAGAAUAAUAUAUUUUAUAAAAAUAAGUAGUUUUGAAAACUCCUAAAAAUCCUAAAGGAAAUAUUCUUUAUUUAGAUUUAGAUGAAACAUUAAUUCAUGUUUGUUAAAUAUGGGAUAAUCCAGACUUUAUUAUAUAUGAAAAAUAUAUUAUUCCAAUAAAAAUAAGACCUUUUUGUAAAGAAUUUUUAUAAAAAAUCGCUUAAUAUUGGGAUAUUUAUAUAUUUACGGCUUCUCAAAAAAAAUAUGCAAAUGCUGUUUGUGAUUUUUUGGAUCCAUAAAGGGAAUAUAUAAUAGAUAUAUUAACAAGGGAAAAUUGUAUGGAAACAAAAAACGGAUUAUUUAUAAAAGAUUUAAGGAUUAUAAAAGAUAAAGAUAUCAAAAAAAUGGCUAUUGUGGAUAAUUUAUCUCAUUCAUAUGGAUUUUAAAUAGAAAAUGGAAUUCCUAUAUUAGAAUGGAAAGGAGAUCAAAAAGAUGAAGAAUUAAAAUAUUUAAUAAAUUAUUUAAUAAAUUUAAGUAGAUAAGAUGAUGUAAGAAUUUACAAUUAAAAAAAAUUAAAAUUAAAAGAAUUACUAAAUUAUACUUUUUGA